UAGCUAUAAAUUUAUUUUAUAAUUAUAAAAAAUAAAUUAAUAAAUGUUUUUGCUAAGUAAUGUCAUUCAAUCAUAGAAUCUCGAAUGCUGACCUUUGACCUGUCUUUUUGGGCUCCGUCAAUUUCACAAGCGAGGGCUCUUUACAAAAUGGGAGCUUACAAGUACAUGCAAGAACUAUGGCGCAAGAAGCAGUGCGAUGCUAUGCGAUUCCUGCUCCGCAUCCGUUGUUGGCAGCUACGUCAACUGUCUGCUAUUCACAGAGCUCCACGUCCAUUAAGACCUGACAAGGCUCGUCGUCUUGGAUAUCGUGCUAAACAAGGAUUUGUAAUCUACCGCGUUCGUGUACGCCGAGGUGGAAGAAAGAGGCCAGUGCCAAAGGGAGCCACAUAUGGAAAGCCAACAAACAUGGGUGUGAAUGAAUUGAAGUAUCAACGAAGUCUACAAGCUACUGCUGAGGACCGUGUUGGACGACGAUGCGGUGCUUUGCGUGUCCUCAACAGCUAUUGGGUUGCCAAUGAUUCUACCUACAAAUAUUAUGAGGUAAUCCUUGUCGACCCACAACACAAGGCUAUCCGUCGGGAUCCAGACACCCAAUGGAUUUGCAAUCCUGUCCACAAACACAGGGAACUUCGUGGACUCACCUCUGCAUCCAAAAAGAGCCGAGGACUUGGAAAAGGACAUUUAUACAAACAAACCCAGGGAGGAUCGCGCCGUGCAUCCUGGAAGCGUCGCAAUACCCUGCAGAUGCGUCGUUAUCGCUAGACAAAUAUAGCAAUUGUUUUUUCCUUAUUCUGGCACUUGCGAGUUUGGCUCAUGGAACGUUUAUGUCUCUACUGAAUUGAAACCAGGUCUAAUAAAAAUGAUUACUGUAUGUGCA